AUGCACUUGCUGCAGGACCUCUUCGCUCUUCUAAAACACGCCGAGAUUAUGAAGCACAUCGCUAGUUUCAACGUUUCAGUUCAUGGAGUGGACUGGUCUCUAUCCGACAUCUGCUUCAAACCAGCUCCACCAUCUGUCGCAGCCGAUUCUGCCGCUUCCUCGCUUGGUGACGUCAUCGAUAUGAUAUGCAUUUGGAUUACUCCAAUAGAUUAUUUUUGCGAUGGAUCGAAAGCUUUUGAGCCGCAUCCAUCUCUCCCAAAAUCCUCACUCCGAUCACUUGGGACGUCGUUGAGUGCGCUGUCAGUUGAUGAUAUGAUUCGCUGGUCAGACUUUGGGCAAAUACUGUUUUACUACUUGAUCUUUUACAACGCAUCUCUUUUACUACAGGAUCUCUUUUACUACGGAAUCUCUUUUACUAAGAAUUCCACAUCUAGAUCUUUUACUACAAUUGGAUAUUUUACUACGGAAUCUCUAUUUUAUCUCUCUUCUUGGAACAAAACAUUUUAUCUCUCUUCUUGGAACAAAACAAGAUUAUAA